AUGGCGACGCGGAUCUCGCCAAUGGCCGCGGUGAUGGCACUGCUGCUGGCCUCACUGGUUGCGCUAUCCUCGGCGCACGACGGACACCACCACGCGCCGGUUGAAGCGCCGACACCACCAUGGUCACCAGGCUCCAGCGCGAGCCCUAGUCACCAUCAUCGUCAUCAUCAUGGUCCGGCGUCGGCCCCUGCUCCUGCUCACGGUCACCACCAUCAUGGUUACCACACUCCAGCACUGAGCCCUAGUCACCAUCAUCGUCAUUAUGCUCCAUCGCCGAGCCCUAGUCACCAUAAUCAUCAUCAACAUGGUCCGUCACCGGCGCCUGCUCCAGCUCACGAUGCUCACCACGCUCCAGCGCCGAGCGCUAGUCACCAUCAUCAUCAUGGGCCGUCAUCGGCUCCUGCUCCCGCUCACGGUGACCACCACCAUGGUCAUGACGCUCCAGCGCCGAGCCCUAAUCAGCAUCAUCAUCAUCACCAUGGUCCGUCGUCAGCGCCUACUCCCGCUCACAAUGGUCACCGUGCUCCGGCGCCGAGCCCUACUCACCAUCAACAUCUUCACCAUGGUCCGUCGUCAGCGCCUGCUCCCGCUCACAAUGGUCACCACGCUCAAGCGCCGAGCCCUACUCACCAUCAUCGUCAUCACCAUGGUCCAGCAUCGGCGCCUGCUCCCGCUCACGGCGACCACCGCCAUGGUCACCACGCUCCACCGCCGUCGCCUAUCCACGUCGCCCCAGCUCCUGCACCCAGCCAGAACUCCCAAGCGCCGUCAGCAGCCUCUGGAGACUACUACCACUCCCCAGCUCCAGCGCCUGGUCCGGCAAGUUCUUCUUUCCGCCACACAGUCACCGGCGGAGUUGGUCUAGUCGCCGCGGCUGCAGUGUCCGCCGUUUUGCUUCUUCUUUAG